AUGGCUAAUUCCCUUCAGCAAUCACCGAACAUGGAAAACCUCAAUGAAAAGCCUUUACAAAACAUACUCAUCCGAUUACCCGCAAAACAACUUGCUCAAAUGAGAUGCGUUUCUAAACGCUUCAAUGCUUUCUUAUCUCGUCCUUCCUUUAUUAAAUCGCAUCUUAAUCAUUCAGUCCACAAUAACGAUGAAGCUCUCCUCAUCUUUCACAGAGGAUUUUCUUUUCAUAAAAAACCAUUCACAGCACACCCCUCUCGUUCCCCUCAUAUCGAGCUACCAGCUAGUCUUAUCAAACUCCCCGUUAUCCCCAAAUCUGAUCAUACCCUUUGUGGCGUUAUUGGUUCAGUUAACGGCUUAAUAUGUUUUUCUAGUCAUAAAAAUAAUAAAGACUUUUGGGGUGACAUUCAUAUUUGGAACCCUUCUUUAUCAGCUUUAUUAAAGCUACCUCCAUAUACCAUGCCUUUUCGGCAUAAUGGUGAAAUUGAUGUACUUUUUCGUUUUGGGUAUGAUCCCAAAACCGAUGAUUACAAAGUUGUCAAGCUAGCAAGCAUCUCAUCGUUGCAAGAUACUCGUGCUUGUGUUGUAGAUUAUUGGUUGCAAGUCGAGGUCUAUAGUAUGAGAAAAGGUUCUUGGAAAUUAAUUGAUGAAAGAAAGCAAACGUUUUUGCGCAAAGUUACAAGGAUCUUUGAUGAAGCCGAAGUUUGUGUGGAUGGACAUAAUGGUUAUAUUCAUUGGCUUGGCUAUAUUGAUGAGGAAAUGAGCAAACAAACAAUAGUUGCAUUUAAUUUGAAUGCCGAAACUUUCACUUUGUUACCAUUACCAUAUAAAAUCUUACAUGAUGAAAUGUUUUCACGGACGAAUAUUCUUGGAGUUAUGGCUGGAAACAUUUGUGUGAUUUCACGCAAUAUAUUUGAUGAAAGUGAAUACGAGAUUUGGGUAUGGACGACUAAGUAUGGCGGGUUUAAAUUAUGGAAGAAAGACGAUAUAAUUUCAGAUUUUAAGUUUUAUGGUAAUGUGCACCCAAUUGGAUUCACAUUAAAUAAUGAGUUUCUCUUUAAACCUCAUUUUAGUUAUCUAGCUUUAUAUGAUUCGGUCGAAGCCAAGGUUAAAUCUUUUAAACUUGAUAUCGAUUCGACUAUGCUCAAAGUUGUUCAGUAUGUUGAUAGUCUUGUUUGGGUAGCUCCUGCUGAUCCAUGGAAAGCUUCUAGCAGCAGCUUUGCUUCGUUGCGAAUUGGAAAAUGA